GGAGGGGGGGAGUUUGGGAAAGAAUGUGAAGAAUUCAUUUCCUGUUCUGCAGCUCUGAGACGCUGGGCCAAGCGACGGGACGUCAUGAAAACUGUGGACGGAUGAAGACCGUGAAGACGGAGGAGACGGAGCUGUGACUCCUCUGCUCCUCUGAUCUACUCCGUCCUCCUCCUCCUCGGCAGGAGGACGGCGUCCACCAUGGCCGAGCCGCUGCUGAAGAGGACGUUCUCCAGACUGAGAGGAAAAGACCGAAGCAGGAGGAAGACGCAGGACAAGGCGAGCGAUGUCGUCCAAUCGUCUUCAUCGCCAUCAUCACCUGUCCCCGACCCCCCCUCCCCUCCACGGAAUCACAUCACUGUUGCUAAGAAACAGCAGUGGGCAGGCCAGGGGUCUGCAUGCCCGCCCACCUUGAGCUCCGCCCCCAAGAUGUCUGCCGUAAAAUCCCAGGAUGCACCACUGCAGGCCUGGAGUCAGAAGGUGGAACAGUGUAGUGACAGAAGCUGGGAUCCUCUACUACAGGACUCCUCCCAACCAGCAGGAGGCUCCACUAACGGGUCCAAGCUGUCCGGCCAGCGCGCCUACCUGCAGAGCCUGGAGCGCAGCAGCCGAGCCUGGGUGCUGUCCUCAGGAAAGGCCCAGGCUUCAGAUGAGGCCUACAGUCUGCAGGAGGAGAGCGGCAGCAACAACAUCUGGUACAACCCCAUCCCCGAGGAGGAGGACAUAGUGGGGCGGGGUUACGGGGAGGGGCCUGAUCCGAGAGGGCGUGGCCAGGAAGAGGAGCUGGUCUGGAAGAGGAGGGACGCUGAACCUCGGAGAACGGGGCCAGGAGACAGCAGGACUGAGCCUGGAGGAGUGUGGGAGGGGACCAAUCCAAGUGUUAGCCAUCACAUCGAUAAUAUCACAGACUCUCCGCCCUCAGAUUCAAGCCCCGCCUCUCAGAAAAAAGGGGGCGUGUCUGGCAGUAUGAUUGACAGACUGAGGUCUCCGGGGACGGUGAGGAAGCUCUCCAUGAAGAUGAAGAAACUUCCAGAGCUCCGACGCAAACUCAGCCUUCGCUCUGCCUCCUCUCGAGCCCAUCGCCACGGCAACGACAGCAGAGGAAGCGGAGACGAGGGGACGUCAACCGCUAAGAAUUCGUCCAAUCAGAAUGUAAUCAGUAAAUAUCACCUGGAUAGCUCCGCCCCUCCAGCCAGACCGCUCAGACGACCAUCCAGAGGACGUUCUGCCAGUAAAGGAGGUUACCUUAGUGAUGGAGACUCUCCUGAGCUGUUACCACGGCAACAGACUCCUCAAACUGUCACCUCCCAGGAGUCGGCUUGUGACGUCAGCUCGUUCCGUCUGUACUUGGGUUCAGAUCCACCACGAUGCAGCCAACGGGUGACGGGACUACUGACAGUCCACCUGCUGGGUCUGGAGGAGAUGAAAACCAGCAGGUCAGAGGGCAGCAAGGACGUCUUCUUGGUGAUCCAGAUUGACGGGGUCACGAGAGCCCGGACUGCCCCUCUGGCCAUGCGAGGCCCCGCCCUCUCAUUAAACCACGCCUUUCACCUGGAACUGGAGAGAGCGCGACAACUGCGGGUCGUGGUCUUAACACCAGCCAAUCCACAAGCGGUAGGAGGAGCUAAACCAGGGACCAAUGAGAAUCAGACUUCCUGUGGUCCAAGCAGGAACAGGGUGUGCUGUCUGGGGGGAGUUUCUAUCCCUCCACUCUUUAAAGGGAGUCGCAGUCAACAGCUGUGUGUGAAGCUGGAGCCCAGAGGUCUGCUUUAUGUCAAACUGUCUCUGCAAGAGAAAUGGGACACACAGCCCAGCUGUGAUUCGUCCACUCCUGCCAAUGUGUUUGGUGUUGAACUGCACCACCUGGUGGAGAAGGAAGGAUCUGCAGCUCCAGUCCCUCUGCUCAUCCAGAAAACUGUAGCAGAGAUAGAACGACGAGGACUGAAGGUAGUCGGUCUGUACAGACUUUGUGGUUCUGCUGCUGUGAAGAAGGAGCUCAGGGAUUGGUUUGAGAGGAACAGCUCUGCCGUCUGCCUCGGCGAGGACCUCUACCCCGACAUCAACGUCAUUACAGGCAUACUGAAGGACUACCUGCGGGAGCUGCCGUCUCCACUCAUCACCAGGACGCUGUACCAUGUGGUCCGGGAGGCCAUGACCCUACGACCUCCACCCGUCCCACCUGCCGACCCAGACCCUGACCUGGCCCAGAGUACGGUGGAGCUUCUGGACUGUCUGCCGCCUCCAGAGAAGGCCACGCUGUCCCUCCUUCUGGACCACCUCAGUCUGGUGGCGUCCUUCAACUCGUCCAACCGCAUGACGCAUCAGAACCUGGCGGUCUGCUUUGGCCCAGUGCUCCUCACCCCGACCCAGGAGGCCUGGAAAGGAGGAGGAGGAGGAAGAGGAAGAGGAGGAGCCAAAGGUUUGGGUCAGGGGGAAGAGUUGGCGAGCGCGGUGGAUUUCAAACGACAUAUCGAGGCGUUGCAUUACCUGCUGCAGCUGUGGCCAGUCCCGUCCCAUCGAGUCCCCGUGGAUGAACACAUCGACGCCUCGCCACCUCCAUCCCCCAUUCUUACCCAUAACCCCCUGCAGCGGGAGGAGGAGGUGGUGGUCUCACGUCGCGGGCGUGGCCUGGCCCGGCUGGAGAGUCCACCGAUCAACCGGUACGCAGGAGACUGGAGUGUCUGUGGGCGGGACAUCCUGACCGGACAGGAAGCCGACUACGACGAGGUGGCAGGAAGUGACAGCGAUGCCGGAAGCGGGGAUGAAGAUGAUGAGGAGGAGAAAAAGGAGGCGUGGCCAGCAGGUGGUGGAGGAGGAGGAGCUUUAUAUGUGGACGACUUCAUCGACUUCGACGCUCCGUUUAACUGUCGACUGAGUUUGAAGGACUUUGAUACGCUGAUCCACGACCUGGACCGGGAGUUGGCCAAACAGAUCAACAUCUGUUUGUAGAGGAAGAGGAGGAGGAAGAGGAGGAGGAGGAGGAGGAGGAGGAGGAGGAGGAGGAGGAAGAGGAAGCGGGAGGACUUAAUCUGAAGUUAAUUAAGAUCCAAAAUCCUCCAAAGUGCUGAGAAUUUUAACCACAACGCAGAGUUUUUCCUGAAAUCUUCAUGUGAAGUGGGCGUCCUUUACAGGUCCUUUACAUUCCUGUCCACUCUGUCAGACCACAUGUCCAAACGUCCAGGUCCAGGUCCAGGUCCAGGUCCAAACCAACAGUUUCAGCAGACUGUCUGGAUAAAUCCACUGCAGAUUUGUUAAACAACCACAUUUUCCCCUCGAGAACCAAAAGUUCAGUCAGAUCCUUCCAUUAUCUUUGCAUCAUAAUUAUCCCAUUCUGUCAUUUAGUAACAUUUAUGGCCAAAAAUUAGCUCUAUUUGGUAACAAUGACUUUGACCUUUGACCUUUGGCCACUAAGAUCUAUUCAGUUCAACCUUGACUCCAAAUAAUCAUUUCCACCAAAGUCUAAGACAUUCCCUCGAGGUCUGUCUGAGAUAUUUGUUUGUAACCAUGGACAGAUAUGAGGUCACAGUGGUCUUGACCUUUGACCUUUGACCAUUAAUCUAUUAAUCCUCGAGUCCAACUAAUGCUUUCGCCAAAGUUGAAGACAUUCCUUUUUUUUGUUUUUUUUUAAGAUCUUUUGCUCCUAAGAAUGGAAAGACAUGAGGUCGCAGUGGUCUUGACCUUUGACCUUUGGCCACUAAGAUCUAUUCACUUCAACCUUGACUCCAAAUAAUCAUUUCCACCAAAGUUGAAGAUAUUCCCUUGAGGUUGUUCUGGAUAUUUGCUUGUAACCAUGAGCAGAUAUGAGGUCACAGUGGUCUUGACCUUUGACCACUAAUCUAUUAAGUUGAUCCCUGAGUCCAAGAAAUCCUUUCGCGAAAGUUGAGGACAUUCCAUUUGUUUUUUUGGGUUUUUUUUUUUAGAUCUUUUGUUCCUAAGAAUGGACAUACAUGAGGUCAUAGUGGCCUUGACCUUUGAUCUUUGACCACCAAAAUCUUCUCAGUUCCUCAUUUGCAUCCGAUUGAACAUUUGUGUCACACUUUUGUGUCGUUCGAGUCACUGCUGUUUUCACUUUGGUGUUGGUGCUCAGUCCAGAACCAACUAUUUUUACAUCAGAAUCAGUGGGUGGGACUUCCAGGACCAACAAGGUCAAACUGAAACCAACAUUUUUUCUACGGAAAGAAGAAGAAAGAAGAAGAAAACACAUCGGUGUGGAAAACAAUACGACAUAAUUGAACAUUAACGGCUCCUCCCACUGACUGACCUUUGACCUCCUCCUCUGACCUCCAGCUCCAGUUUCUAUUCAAAUGUACAACAGGGUAAACGGUGGCGACUUCCUGUGCCAAACGCCAAAAUAAAAGCACACGAUUCUGUGCCAAAAGCCAAAAUAAAAGCACAUUAAUUUAUCUCUGUGAUCCAAAGAAGGCGGAGCUUCAGAGGUGGUACUUUAUGAAGAGGGAACAAAAACCAGAACCUGAUCCUACCGGGCCCAGGUCACCUGAUCGGACCCCUCCCCCCCUUCCUGGCUGGUGGACGGAGGUUCUGGUUCUGGUCCAUUGAAGCCAUAUUCAGUCUGAUAUUGAAGUAAAGGAACAGAAGGCGUCGCUCUUUUGCGUCUGGUUGGUUGUUAAAGCCGGUGUGGCGCCCCCGGUGGAGCAGCAGAGCGACGCCUCCUGUCUGUCAGUGUUUUUGUAGAUUUUUUCUGUCAGUAUUUUAUCAGACGUUGUCGGUACAAACCUUUAACUGUGAUUUGUUCUGAAGCCACAGAAGGAAAACGAGGCCAUGCUCGAGAGCACUACGGCUCCGAAAGAGUUUGUUUUGAUUCUGUUUUGUCUUGUUUUUGACAGUAUUAUUAUUUUGUUUUGCACAUCUUCAAUAAGCACUUAUAUUUGUAUUGAAAACGACGAUGUUCUAUGCAGACGAUGUUCUAUGCAGACGAUGUAACCAAAGUGUUGAAGCACAGAUUCACAGCAGCCUGUUUGUAUUUACCAGAGCAGCAAAUAAACACCAGUAUGACCAGUUA